UAUCUCUCGCGGUCAUCUUCUCUACGUACUCUGCACUCUUCUCAUGCAAUUCUUUUGAGUUCUAUGCUACCAAUGAUGACAUUUCAGCAGUUUGUGAAGAUACAACUCUUUUGCCUACACCUUCGUCUUCAUAUCCUGACACUGAAGAUGAUGAUGUUAGUCCAGAGUUUGAAUUACGUUUGAUAGUGUUCAUAUCUGUGCUCUUAAUUUUAGACAAGGUCCCCAUCGUCAAGUGACAUGUGAUAUAAUUGCAGAAUUGAUUAAAAGUCGAUAUGUUGAUGCUUCAACAAAACCGUAUGCUCCAAAUGAUAUCAUCGUUGAUAUGAUUCAUACUUAUGGUAUUGUUUUGCCAUACAAAAAAAGCAUGGAAUGCAAAUAGAAAAGCUCAACAAAAGUUGAUGGGUUCAAAUGAGGAAUCAUAUCAGUUGUUACCAUCCCUUGCUUAUGUUUUGAAAGAGAAGCAUCUUGGUUCAGUGAUCAACUUAGGUAUUGAUGCCAAUGAUCAUUUUGAGUCUUUUUUCAUGUCAUUGGAUGUGUGGAUUCAAGGCUGGAAUCAUUGUUUUCCUGUCCUUAUUAUUGAUGGAUCAUUUAUGAAAGCAUAUUAUAAAGGGACUCUACUAACCGCUUGUGCUCAAUAUGCUAACAAGCAGAUAUUUCCUCUAGCUUUUGGCGUUUGUGACAGCGAGCGAAAGACAACAUGGACUUGGUUUUUUAAGAAACUAAAGGAGUGACUCGCAUUCAGGAAUGAUGUAUACAUUGUUUCAGACCGUCAUGAGGGUAUUCUUCAUGCAGCAAAGACUGUUUCCACAUGUUAAACAUGGGCAUUGUGUGUUUCACUUGUUUGGAAAUAUUAGGUCAAAGUUCAAGGGUUGUACGAAAGGUCUUUCAUGGAAAUUUAACCAGGUUGCAAGAGCUGCCACUUUUGCUUAACUGGAGAGUUUCUUGGCGUUAUUAGAUGCUGAAGAUCCUCAUAUCAGUGACUAUUUUUAUGGAAUAGGUGUUCAAAGAUGGGCACAUUGUUACUCCACUUUCUCUCGGUACUCUAUAAUGACAUUCAAUAAUGCAGAGUCAAUUAAAUUAGUGGUCCGUGUUCCCCGUGAGUACCCCAUAGCAAAAUUGAUUGAUUUUUUUUUUUGCGUGAAAGGAUGCAAAAGUGGUUCGUUGAACGUCGUGAUGCAUCAGCAGCCAAUAAAAUAGUUCUUUCUAAGCACUUUGAGUCCCAUCUUCGUGCUUACCAUGCUGCAACAUCACUUACGACUGUUAAGCCGGCUACCCAGUUUGAGUUUGAGGAGGUGGACAUAACUUUCAAAAUCUUCAUUGUUGAUUUGAAGGCCAAAACAUGCUCAUGCAUGUUUUGAAUUUCAACUUGAGCAGUUCAUAUGUGUUCAUGGUGUCACUGUUAUGCGUCAUCGUCGCAGUUUAUCUUGUUAUGACUAUAUUUCAAAGUAUCACUUCAAAUAAUCUUGUAUUGCUGCUUAUAGUGGGGUGGUUCACUCUAUUGGUUCUCCUGUGGAUUGAGACAUUCUUGCUUCUAUAAAGUCUAAUAUAUGCAAGCCGCCUACAUGUCUCACCCGCCAACCUGGUAGACCUAAGAAGCGUAUACCUUCAACUGGAGAAUUUUCUUCCCGCCAACGGUGUUCAUAGUGUAAAAAGGGUGGACACAAUAAGAAGUCAUGCAGGAACCCAAUUUCAGUUUGUAGUCUUUACUUAAAAAAACUAGCAAUUGUCUUCACUUUCUCCUUGAAUAACUGUUGUAAGACAUUCAUUUUUCAGUUUUAUUCUUCUUUACUGUCAUGGUGUUUUGUCAUUAUCAACUUGGUGUUUUUGUUAGUUUUUUGACAAUUAUGUUGCUGUAAUGUUUGUUUUUCUA